AUGGGAUUGUGGCUACAAGUCGGCAACUCUCGUACAAAUUCAAGGGAAGAGGACAAACGCAGCGACGACAGCAGACCACUCAGUCAUGCGUCGGACUUCAGUCGGGACAAUAUACUGUCACUCAGCAAUGCUCCGCGCAGGAGUCGACGUGGUAUCGCCCCGUACAGCGACCUGCAGCGGCCCCUCACCAGGUACCUGCCCGUCGACAGAGAUGACUUCGAUCUGCGCAGACACGUCGAAUCAGCUGGUCACCAACUGGAGGUGUGCCCCUACGUGACGAUUAACUCGACCUCCUGUCGCGGUUACCUGCAUAAACUGGGCGCCACAUUCCACACUUGGUCCAAACGGUGGUUCGUUUUCGACAGAGAAACGAAAACUUUCAUUUACUACUGGGACAAAAGUGAGAAGAAACCGAGGGGCGGCGCGUACUUCCAAGUGAUUGAAGAGGUAUAUCUAGAUCAUGGGAAUACAUCGCGAUCUCCCAAUCCUCAAACCACGUUCAUAGUGAAGACCCGCCAGCGACGGUACUACCUGAUGGCUCCAUCAGGGGAAGCAGCCAGGAUCUGGAUCGACGUGGUCUUCACUGGAGCACAAGGUUACACCGAGUACUUAGAGUGAAAGAGACGAAAAACCAAGAUUAAAUUCAAACUACAUUGAGUUAUUAUGGAGAAUAACUAACUAGAGAAGAUACUGCUUAGAUUCUGUUGUUAAAGUGGCGUUUUAAUCAAAUAUUAAUAUGUAAAAAAACGUAAAAGAAAUAAAGUACGAAAUGAGAUUAAUUGCACAUUAAUACUUAUUUUUCAUUAUUGUUAUUUGGUUAAUAUGCCACUUAUUGCCAUAACAGAAUAUUUAUUCAAUAUCUUUUUGUUUUUUGUUCUUGGCAACACUAAACAAAGGAAAUUGUGAGAAAAAACAAAGUUAAAGUCAAUAUACAUGUUUUAGUUUCAUUUAUUACACGCAUGUAUGACUAUUGUUAAAUAACAUUAUAAACGUAUAUUUUUACCGUGAUUACGAUAUAAGUGCGUUAUGAUGGUUAUAACACGCGAGACGGAAUUUUAACCCGAGCCGUAGUCGAGGGCGCAACAGAGCCGAGGAUGUUAAAACGCACGUAUAUCGUAUGAUAUGUACCGUAAAGGGGAUGUAAUUUCACCGGUUUUUCCAAUCAUUUUAUAAGCAAGUGUGUUGAAAAUCGAUUUAUGUACUCCCGAUAUUUUGAUGCUGUUACAAGCGUCAUGAUCGAAUCGUAAAUAUCCGUAAAUUUAUGUAAUGUAUACAAUUGUAAACAACCAUGAAACAAGUUUAAAGCAAUGUCUAUUAUUAUUACAUGUUUGUAUUGGAAGGAAAUCUUAAUUGGACGAAUGAAAAAUUGCAAAGACCUAUCUACAAGUUUUUUACCAAUAUGAAUUAGUUUUUAACGGCUUUGAAUGCAAACUUUCGAGUUCAUAUGACCUCGAAAUCAUAUUGUGAUGCCUGUGUUGCCAUCUUUUAAUUAAUUCUAACACUGAAGAAUUUUAUCUUUACUUUAAAAUCUCAAAUAUAUUUACUUAAAAUAAUUACUGUAUUCAAAAUAUUAUUUAGUUUGGUGCAAGUUCUUUUGCAUGUAUUUAAACUAUUUUAAAAGUACUCGCAAUUUGUACUGUAGUAUAUUAAAUUAAGAAUUAGUAACCACUGUAACUUUAUAAGGACCUUAAGCCUGAGCUGACGGUAUAUGCUGGCGUUGAACCACAAGGUUUCGAGUGGAGAAUGAAGAAGAGCAUGAAGUCAGAUCAAUUAGCCCAUUGUGGCUAAGUCAUCAAGAUUUAACCACGAUGGUUUCAAGGACAUUGUGGAGGUCUACCUGUCGUGGUACUCUGAUAGCAAUGGGCGCUAAUCCCCAUUACUAAUAAUCCCUUUACCCUCACUACAAUGUAUUAAGAAAGUGCCAAUUUUUACAAUUUGUACAAUUUAUAUGGCAAGUAUUUUUUAUAUGAAUUAUACAUUUGGACAUAUCAGUGCCUUGUACAAGACUGAUAGAUCCGGAAUCGUUGAUUGCAUGUGCAUGAUAUGUACAUGUACAAUAAAGUAUAAUUUAUACAUUUUAUACAAAUUAAUUAUACAACUAUAUUUACAAUAAAAUUUUAUAUGUAGUAUUGAUUCUGAAAUUAGAUGAAUUGUACUGGUUUUAGAUUGUAUUCACUAUUAUACAAAUGUUACCAUAAUUAUGUAUGAGUAUAAAUUUUGUUUUACUUUAUACUUUUCGAUUGUGUCAGGUUUAAUUAAUUUAAAAAUAUCAUUAUCUAAAUUGUGUUUAACUCAUUAGUUUAAAAUAUUUAUACCGUCGUAUUUUCAAAGCUUUAUUAUAUAUAUAUAUUUACCAUUUUAUAAAACACACACUGUGUUGUGAUUAGAUAUUUAAAUAUGGCUGCUCUUAAUUAACUUUAUUUCCGAACGUAUAUAUACAUUGUUCUAUGUAAAAUUAGUAUAUUAAGUUACAUAUAAGUACAAAAGUCGUAAUAUUUUUAUUACGAAUUCAUAAUACCAGUGUAAAAAUUAUCAUUUAUGCUUGCAACACUGUAUUGUAUACAUAGUUUUUAUGGCUGAAUACCAAUUAUAUUAGAAACUAAGGUCACAUUAUUAACCAAGGGAUAGAAAUA